AUGCACGUCAUGCUUUGCUCUACCUCGGUCCUCCCAAUCCGCGCGAUGUGGCCCAGAGCAAUCUCAGAUCUGGCUCAGCCAGCCUGCGCUUCGCCUGAGUCGCAGAUUCGAUCAGUCCGACGGUACUCACUCCGACGCUCAGCUCAAUGCGUGACCGUUACCGCCCGUUCUCGCGCUCACCGCACCCCGCGCGCGUCCUCUCCGAGUCCGCUAUACCGCCGCGUUAUGGCCAUUGCCUCUCUCAUGCCGGCGCGCUCUUUCCUAGCCGUCCUCCCAAGCACUCAAGAGGGCGAGGGUAACUGCGUGGGGUACGCCGCGCGCGACGCGAGCGGGGAGCUGGCGCCGUGGAGAUUCAAUCGCAGGGAGGUGGGGCCCAGGGACGUGAAGAUCCGAAUCACGCACUGCGGCGUCUGCCACAGCGACGUGCACUUCACCCGCAACGACUGGGGCUAUUCCCUGUACCCCAUGGUCCCUGGGCACGAGAUCGUGGGGGUGGUGGAGGAGGUGGGAGCAGCCGUGAGCAGGGUGGCGGUGGAGCAGAGGGUGGGAGUGAUGGGAAUCAUGGGGUCGUGCGGUGAGUGCGAGGCGUGCAGGCAGCACGAGGAGCAGUUCUGCGCCAACUGCCUCUUCACCUCCAACUCUGUCGACCCUCACUCACCAUCUGGCGAGGCCACUUACGGCGGCUACUCCUCCUUCAUCGUGUGUAAUGAACACUUCGUCCUCUCCAUCCCUGCUGAGCUGGCAUCUGACGUGGCAGCGCCCCUCCUGUGCGCUGGCACCACAGUCUACUCCCCCAUGAUGCAUUACGGCGCCAACAAGCCGGGCAUGCGCCUGGGGGUGGCAGGGCUGGGCGGGCUGGGCCACGUGGCAGUGCAGAUGGGGGGGGCGUUCGGCAUGCACGUCACUGUGCUGAGCAUACAGCCGGAGCGAGAGAGAGACGCCAGGGAGCUGUUUGGGGCUGGCCGGUUCAUUCUCACCACUGAUGCGGCUGCCAUGCAGGAGGCAGUGGGCUCACUAGAUGUGAUCAUCGACACGGUGCCUGCGCAACAUGAGCUGGGACCCUUCCUUGACCUCCUCACAUUCAACGGGAAGCUGCUCGUCCUUGGCAUUCCUGUAGCCCCUUUCACCCUCCACGCAAGCCAGCUUGUAUUCGGGCGCAAGAUGGUUGCGGGUGGGUUGAUAGGAGGAAUCAAGGAGACUCAAGAGAUGCUGGAGUUUUGUGCAAAGAAUGGUGUGACGCCCAUAGUGGAAAGGCUUGAUAUCAAAGACAUCAACACGGCACACGAACGUUUGCUGAAGGGUGACGUGAGAUACCGUUUUGUUAUUGAUGUUGAGAAUAGCCUGAAGGAUGGCGAGGGUAACUGCGUGGGGUACGCGGCGCGCGACGCGAGCGGGGAGCUUUCAUCGUGGAGGUUCCAUCGUCGGGAGGUGGGGCGGAGGGACGUGAAGAUCCGCAUCACGCACUGCGGCAUCUGCCACAGCGACGUGCACCUCGCGCGGAACGAGUGGGGCAACUCCAUGUACCCCAUUGUUCCCGGCCACGAAAUCAUAGGGGUGGUGGAGGAGGUGGGAGCGGAUGUGAGCAAGGUGGCAGCGGGGCAGCGAGUGGGAGUGGGGUGCAUGGUGGGGUCGUGUGGUGAGUGCAUGGCGUGCAGGCAGCACGAGGAGCAAUCCUGCCCCAAGUGCAUUUUCACCUACAACUCCGUCGACCCGCGGUCGCCGUCUGGCGAGGCCACAUACGGCGGUUACUCCUCCUUCAUCGUUUGCGAUGAACGUUGUGUCCUCUCCAUCCCUGCUGAGCUGGCGUCUGACGUGGCAGCGCCUCUCCUGUGCGCUGGCAUCACGGUCUAUUCCCCCAUGAUGCAUUACGGCGCCAACAAGCCGGGCAUGCGCCUGGGCGUGGCAGGGCUGGGCGGGCUGGGCCACGUGGCAGUGCAGAUGGGGCGGGCGUUUGGCAUGCACGUCACUGUGCUGAGCACGUCGCAGGGCAAGGAGAGGGAGGCGAGGGAGGUGAUGGGAGCGCACAGGUUCAUUGUCACCAAAGAUGCUGAUGCCAUGAAGGCAGCAGCAGGGUCGUUGGAUGUGGUCAUUGACACGGUCUCAGCACAGCAUGAGCUGGGGCCCUACCUCGACCUCCUCACAUUCAACGGGAAGCUGCUCCUCCUCGGCAUCCCCCCAGCACCCUUCACUCUCCAUGCCAGUCAGCUUGUGUUCGGGCGUAAGAUGGUGGCAGGAAGUUUAAUUGGAGCUGCUAUUCGAAGGUCGUUCUUUCGUGUUGGUUGCAAGAACCUGCCUGUCGCCAUGGCUGCGCCAGUGGUAAUUCUUAGCGCGCAAGACGGGCCGAGAAAGCGAUUCGCGGAGAAGGCCAUGCGAGUGAUGCAGCUGCUCGACAACGACAAGCCGUGUAAUGUUGUCGAAUCAGAUCCCAGUGUUCGAAUUACCACGGGCCCGACCAGAUGGAUCCCGGUAGGCGCGCAGCCGUCGCCACGUCAGCAACUGCCGAGCCACCGGCGAGGGCCGCCGCGAUUGUCUUUGCAACUCUCCGAGGGGUACGAAAACGACGUAACGACGCCUAAUUCGCGCGGUUCUCGAACCGCAUCCUCCUCAUCGUUCAGUAGUGGCUCGAAGUCAUCCUCGGCCUCGCCGCGUUUGGCGGCUUCCCAGUCAAGCAGUAGCGCUUCGACUGGUUCCCCUCAUAACUCCUCCGCCGAGUCGCCCUACAAUCGACCCCUGGACUCGCCGUCCUAUUCGCGCGGUCCAACCCAGAUCCGCCAUGAUAUUGUCGCCGCCAAUGGCCACGUCGGCGCGAUUCGUCAUUCGGCAAGUACCUCGGCGCUCGAGCCGCCGUCGAGUGUCCGCCGGAGCAGCAGCGGCAGUGCGGCGAAACGCACGACGAAGGCAACCCGUGAGAAUUAUCUUCAAGUGCCCGAUCAACUCGGCGCGGCUCGUGCUCGUACAACGGAUACUUCUUCAUCCGACGACGCGCGAGCAGCGCCACGCGCGCGGCCCGGACUGAGAAUGAGCUCCGAGAUGGGCGGUGUCGCGGCGACGAGAAUCACAGUCCCUCAAUCCCGCCGACUGCGCCACAAUGACACGUGGCAUGGCGAUUCGCUCGAUCGCGUGGCGAUCCCGAGGGCGCGGACCGACGUCGUUCGCUCGUCGCAUCUGUCGCCGCGAGAAGCGCCGCGACUGCAGCUUCACCACGCAGCGGCAGGCCCUGGCGGCCAGCGUGGCGAGCCCGGCGGCUUCUGCGCUCCCCAUCACCCCUCGCCGCGCUCUUCUGGCGGAACCGCCGCGACUCGGGGCAUGCUGAAGAGCCGAUCGGACCCUGACCUGGCGGCUGGGGAGGCCAAUUCGGCAAAGUCGACGACGCUGACACGUGUCAUGCCCUCCGCAAUCGCCGCUGCUGUCGACACGCGGCCCGUCCUCAAGGCGCAGCCGCAGCGUCCAAGCGACAGGGCGCCGACAACGACGCUGAGCCGUCAGAUCCGGCGGCCAGCAGCUCUAGUGAUCGAUUGCGAUGCAGGGGAAUAUGCUGACGUGGCUGAACCGCCCUUAUCAGCGAAGAACCACGACGAGUCGCCCGCUAGUCAUAGCCGCCAACGACGCGAUAGGCGCAGCCCCGCUGAGCCCAGCGCCAACCACCAUAAUCAGUUCCCCGCUGGCGGGACAACCGUGGGAAGGGCGCAACGCGGAAGACGCUCCGCCGUGGCGCAAGCCUCCUCCCCCUCCUCAGCCUCGCCCCUGGACCCCGCAUCCCCUUCCGCCACCUCCCCCCGCUUCCCCUGCGCCAUCCCGUCGCCUGGUCUCAUCCCCCUGGCAACUCCCACAGCCUGUCAUCAAUCGCCACGUCAGCAGCUGGUACCAUCAGCCUCCCUGGGCGGCAGUUCCCCUGCAAUUCACCGGCAAUCAUCCAUCGCCACAGGCAUUUCGGCCGCGCAGCCUGCUACUAGGGGGCAGAGGAGGGGCAACAACAGCCAACUUGAAGGCAGUAAGAGCAGGCAGCUGAGUCGCUUCCACACGUGGGACAGCGCGCUGCUCGACAACGAGCCCACGCCGCAGAUAACACCUCCCCCAGUUCCGCCCUCCUGCCAUGAGCACCGGCAUCGAAGGGGUUUCUCCGGUCGCCAGCACGCGGAGGGCCAGUCGGAGCAGCCGUGGGCUGAAGUCGCUGAGUGGGAGCAGGCGGACUGGCGUGGCGGUGGUGGUGACAGUGGUGCACAGGCGGCAGCGACGGCGGACGCUGCAGCGUCCUGCACUGGCCCCGUGACUCAGUGGCGCUCGCACUCACUCCAGCUCCUGCAGCCUUCUCAUGCAGAGCAUUCCGUUGCACACCAUGCCAUAGAGGAUCAUCUGGUUGCGCAGCAUCCCAUACGACAAUCACACGCUCACACUCUUGACUGCCCCUCUGCGCCCUCCCUUUUGCUCCCUAACUGCCGCCUCCCCCGGCGUGCGGCGCGUGACGAGCGGACUAUGCGACAUGCACGUGGGCGGUCACAUGGCGGUGCGGGUGUGGAUGUGGAGAGGGUGGGGGAAGCGAGCAGGGCGGGAGAGAAUACACGGUGGGUGGGGGAGGAGUGUGAGGGCAUAGUGCAGGCGGCAUCGUGGAAAGAGGAGGAGGGUGAGAAGGAGACCGUGGGGGCAUUAAGAGGGUGGGAGAGGGAUGUAGAGCAGCCUGGUGAGGAGUGUGGAUGGGUUAAGAGGAAUGGUCCAAAACAGACCCAAGCGCCGCAUGCUGCCUUGGUUCCAGUCCUUAGAGAUGGGCCACUCUGGUACCAGAACCGCGAGGCAGACUCGUUACGGCAUUCCCCUGCUGUCAGUGAUUCUUUGGAGGGCAGCAAGCAACAAGCUAAGCCAGUGGGGAGACAUGAUGGCCGGAGAUUUACUGGGGAUGCUGGUGCAGAGGGGGAGAGGGGAUGUGAAAGCACGGGAAGUUCCAAGAGCAGGGAGAAGCCCAAAAGCAAGCUGCAGAGAUCGCUGAGUGACGACGACGAGGAGGAGGAGCAAGCAAAGGCUGUUGUGAGGCCAAGCCGUGGUGACAGUGGCAGACGAAAGCAGCAGGGGAAGAAGGUUGCUUCACUGAGAUCGUCCAGGCGCUGA